AUGAUCCUGCCAGAACCACAAAGAGAUGUCAUGUUAACACAUGCCAACAGCCUAAAUCAUUACACCAGGCACGCUUCACGAAGGAGAAUGCGACCCAACAAACCACAAGAUGACACAGGGCACACAACAAGCAGAACGCGCACCAACACACCACAAGAUGACAUAGGGCAUACAACAAAGAGAACGUGCACCAACACACCACAAGAUGACAUAGGGCAUACAACAAGGAGAACGCGCACCAACACACCACAGGAUGACAUAGGGCAUACAACAAAGAGAACGGGCACCAACACACCACAAGAUGACAUAGGGCAUCCAACAAGGAGAACGCGCACCAACAAACCACAAUAUGACACAGGGCACACAACAAUGAGAACGCGCACCAACAAACCACAAGAUGACCCAGGGCACACAACAAGGAGAACGCUCCCCAACACACCACAAGAUGACGCAGGGCACGCUUCACAAAGGAGAACGCGCACGAACAAACCACAAGAUGACACAGGGCACACACCAAGGAGAACGCUCACCAACAAACCACAAGAGGACACAGGGCACACAACAAGGAGAACGCGCCCCAACAAACCACAAGAUGACACAGGGCAUACAACAAGGAGAACGCGCACCAACACACCACAAGAUUACACAGGGCACACAACAAAGAGAACGCGCACCAACACACCACAAGAUGACACAGGGAGAACGCGCACAGACAAACCACAAGAUGACACAGGGCACACACCAAGGAGAACGCGCACAUACAAACCACAAGAUGACACAAGGCACACAACAAGGAGAACGCGCACCAACACCCCACAAGAUGACAUAGGGCAUACAACAAAGAGAACGUGCACCAACAAACCACAAGAUGACAUAGGGCAUACAACAAAGAGAACGUGCACCAACAAACCACAAGAUGACACAGGGAACACAACAAGGAGAACGCGCACCAACAAACCGCAAGAUGACACAGGGGACACAACAAGGAGAACGCGCACCAACAAACCACAAUUUAACACAGGGCACACAACAAGGAGAACGCGCACCAACCAACCACAAUAUGACACAGGGCACACAACAAGAAGAACGCGCACCAACAAACCACAAGAUGACAUAGGGCAUACAACAAAGAGAACGUGCACCAACACACCACAAGAUGACAUAGGGCAUCCAACAAGGAGAACGCGCACCAACAAACCACAAUAUAACACAGGGCACACAACAAGGAGAACGCGCACCAGCAAACCACAAGAUGACACAGGGCACACAACAUGGAGAACGCGCACCAACAAACCACAAGAUGAAACAGGGCACACAACAAGGAGAACGCUCACCAACACACCACAGGAUGACACAGGGCACGCUUCACAAAGGAGAACGCGCACCAACAAACUACAAGAUGACACAGGGCACACAACAUGGAGAACGCGCACCAACAAACCACAAGAUGACACACGGCACACAACAAGGAGAACGCGCACCAACACCCCACAAGAUGACAUAGGGCAUACAACAAAUAGAACGUGCACCAACACACCACAAGAUGACAUAGGGCAUCCAACAAGGAGAACGCGCACCAACAAACCACAAUAUGACACAGGGCACACAACAAUGAGAAGGCGCACCAACAAACCACAAGAUGACACAGGGAACACAACAAGGAGAACGCGCACCAACAAACCACAAUUUAACACAGGGCACACAACAAGGAGAACGCGCACAGACAAACCACAAGAUGACACAGGGCACACACCAAGGAGAACGCGCACAUACAAACCACAAGAUGACACAAGGCACACAACAAGGAGAACGCGCACCAACACACCACAAGAUUACACAGGGCACACAACAAGGAGAACGCGCACCUACAAACCACAAGAUGACACAGGGCACACACCAAGGAGAACGCUCACCAACACACCACAAGAUGACAUAGGGCAUCCAACAAGGAGAACGCGCACCAACAAACCACAAUAUGACACAGGGCACACAACAAUGAGAACGCGCACCAACAAACCACAAGAUGACCCAGGGCACACAACAAGGAGAACGCUCCCCAACACACCACAAGAUGACACAGGGCACGCUUCACGAAGGAGAACGCGCACCAACAAACCAUAA